AUGUUGCUGACUUUCUAUCUUCUCUUCAUUGGACUUCAUGUCGUUGAAGGCUGCACUCUGGAGAACAUAGAACCAGUAAUGAGAAUGACAGCUUAUACAGGAGGGUCAGUACUGCUGCCCUGCUACUGCACUGACCUACACACCACACCUGAGAGAUUCAGCUGGAAGAAAGAGAACACAAAAACACGAACAUGGGAAGAGAUAUCCAGUGAGAAUGGUCAGUACAGAAACAGUGUUCAGCUGUUUAAUGGUCACUCUCCAGGAAAUCUCUCUCUACUCAUAUCACACCUGACUGAAGAGGAUGGAGGAAAUUACUGGUGUGCUGUUAAAGAUUUAUAUAAAGCCAUCAAACUGACUGUAAAAGGCUGCACUCUGGAGAACAUAGAACAAGUAAUGAGUAUCACAGCUUAUAGAGGAGGGUCAGUACUGCUGCCCUGCUACUGCACUGACCUACACACCACACCUGAGAGAUUCAGCUGGAAGAAAGAGAACACAGAGACACAAACAUGGGAAGAGAUAUCCAGUGAGAGUGGUCAGUACAGAAACAGAGUUCAGCUGGUUAAUGGUCACUCUCCAGGAAAUCUCUCUCUACUCAUAUCACACCUGACUGAGGAGGAUGGAGGAGUUUACUGGUGUGUUGUUAAAGAUUUAUAUAAAGCCAUCAGACUGACUGUAAAAGAGGGUCCACCUACAACUACAACAUCUACUGCAGUGGUCAAUGUACACACCAGACUAACCACACAAUCCCCUCAAACGCUGGAUGACACAGAUUAUUCAAUUUAUUUCUUCAUCAUUAUUCCUGUUCUUCUUCUCCUGCUGGGACUCGGAGGAGUCAUGUACUGGAGAUGCAGAGGACAGAGACGAGGACAGACAGAGAGCCGAGAGAAAAGAAGGAUGAAGAGAGAACAGAAAACACAGGAUGAAGUGACGUACUCUACUGUAGUCCACAGUAAAACACCCAGAACAACAACCACAGUUACUGAUAUUGAAGAAAAUGCAGAAUACGCCACCAUCAGAGUGAAGACUGGAGACUUUAAAGGAACAAGUGGUAAAGUUCAAGGCCCGACUGUUGGCCCAGGUCUGCUGUAUAGGAAUGGCAUCAGCAAAGUCUGUUCUCUGAACAACAGGGUGUGGACCAAACCAGUGGUGUUGGGAAUGAAGGAAGGGAACAUCACAAUGUCCACACCUGAAAGCAUCAAAACAGAUGUGUAA